AUGGCAGAGUCAUCUCAAUCGCGCGCGGUGCGCGUCAUCACCAAUGCUCUUCAUGAGCUUGGUCUCGUCACUAUGUGGAACUCAUCGCGGGAUGUCAAGUAUCUCUGCGCGCAACGCUUCGUGCGGCUAUUUGCCUAUGGUGGCUCAACGCUUAUUCUGGUCUCUUAUCUAUCUGCUAUUGGCAUCCCCGACGAUGGAAUCGGUCUAUUCAUGACCCUUACUCUCGUUGGAGAUGUGGUUAUCAGUUUCUUCUUGACUCUUUUUGCGGAUGCCAUGGGUCGCAAGGCGGUUUUAUCGCUUGGAUCGCUGAUGAUGGCCGCCAGUGGAAUUGUCUUUGCACUUUCUGGUAAUUACUGGGUUCUUCUGGCAGCCGCUGUCUUUGGUGUUAUUAGUCCUAGUGGGAAUGAAAUUGGUCCAUUCCGCGCAGUGGAGGAAUCUACAUUGGCGCAUCUCACACCCCAUGAACUACUUAGCGAUGUCUUCGCGUGGUAUUCUCUUGUGGGUACAGCAGGUACCGCGCUGGGUCAGCUGGUCUGUGGCUGGAUCAUCAGUUCGCUGCGGUCGCUGCAUGGAUGGGAAUUUCUUCCUUCUUGCCAGAUUAUCUUCUUCAUCUAUGCGGGAAUUGGUUUGGCCAAAUUCAUUUUGACCUUGGGACUUUCACCAAAUGUCGAAGCUACUAAGGAGGAGCCUCAACAAAAUGGUGAGACUCGUCCGCUUCUCCAGGAGUCCGGUUCAGAGGAAGCAGAACCUCUCAAGAAGAAGUCUCUCUGGGCAUCUAUGGACGCCGAUUUGUGGUCGCUGGUCAUUCGACUCUUCAUUCUCUUUGGUCUCGAUUCAUUCGCGUCUGGAUUGGCAUCUCUAUCAUGGAUGGCCUAUUUCUUCAAGCGCAAGUUCAAUUUGCCCGAGGGCGAACUUGGAACCAUUUUCUUUGUCACAAGUAGUAUUGCUGCGGCCUCUAUGCUACUCGCUUCUUCGAUCGCGAAGCGCAUUGGAAAUGUGAAGACAAUGGUCUUCACUCAUUUACCAUCGACUAUCUGCUUGACCCUCAUUCCUGUCCCUAAUAAUCUAGCAGCAGCUCUGACUUUCCUCGUACUGCGAGCCUGUUCCCAGAAUAUGGAUGUCGCCCCCCGUGGGGCGUUCCUUGCUGCUGCUUUGCCAUCCGACAAGCGAACCGCUAUUAUGGGAUCUGUCAAUGUGGUCAAAACCACGGCUCAGAGUUUGGGUCCCCUUUUGACAGGUAUCCUGGCCCGCAACAAUAUGUUCGGAGUCUCUUUCAUGAUUGCUGGUUGCUUGAAGAUCGUUUAUGAUCUGGGCAUGCUGUUCAGCUUUGCUGGCAAGGAGGCUGCUAGUCGUAAGGCUGCACAGGAGAGCGACGAGGAGACUAGCUAG